AUGGCUGGCCAGAGAGAAACCUCCACUCCCGCCAACCCGCGUGCAAACCCGCCUGCUCCCGAGAAAACCCUGACGACUGCCCGCUCAAGGCGCCGGCAAAAGCCUCAGCGUUUUCAGGCCUUAACCUCCACUCCCGCCAACCCGCGUGCAAACCCGCCUGCUCCCGAGAAAACCCUGACGACUGCCCGCUCAAGGCGCCGGCAAAAGCCUCAGCGUUUUCAGGCCUUAAGACGUCUGCCAGAAACACCGCACACCAACCUCAAUCCAUCAGAUCUGGGGGCGGCUGCCGAUUCAAAUUACCUUCUACUUGGCAAGUACCUAAAACUCAGGCCCCACACAGCUCGCGGCCUUCCCCCGUUAACUUUUGGGACGAUCUGGACGCUGCGCUUCCUUUUCAACGUGGUUUUCCGCCUAGAACUAGAACUUCGGAAUCCUGAUACUGCAUUUCCACGGGGAAACAUCUGUGAAAAUGGGAUCCGGGAUGCAAGCAAGCGUGAAGUUGUUUCAUCUGCUCGGAGGCUCUCGACCCCGCUAACCGCCCCCCCCCCCUUCCUCCCGGUCCUUAAGGCGAAGGGAGCCUUAAAGGGCUUGCACAUCGGAAGAGCACCCAUCGCCAGGGCCAGCGGCAGCCGGGCCCCGCGCCUCCGGGGCGCACUCACCGGGUCUGAGCAGGGAGGGCGCAGCCUUGCGGGUGCCUUCCAGCUGCGCCGGCUGCAGCCGCGACCCGCGCGCAGCCCCGAAGCGCCGCAGCCGGAGACUGGCACGGCCCCCCCCCCCCAGGGCCCCGGAGCCCUCCCGGAUGCUGGGGCUCUCCGGACCCCAGGGUGCGAACCGCCGGGGCACCCAGCAGGUCUGCGGUCGAACGCCAGCCCCGAGCCCCCGAGCUCUGACCUACCUGCGGCCUCCGCGCGCCCCCGCCGCCGUCCCCCGACGGCUCGCGGCGCGGCUGGCGGGCGGUUCCCGGGAGCCGGGCGCGCCGGGGUCCCCAGGUCCGGCGUCGGCAGGGCGGGAGCCAGGGCUACCGGCCGCGGAGCGUCGGCGCGCCGUCCGGGCCCGAGCGGUCGAGUGAGCCCCGCGCCUCCCGCGCGCCCAGGCCGCCCUCGCCGGCCCCUGACUCACAGCUUCUGGGCCGGCCGGGGGGCGGUGCAGCGGACGCCAGCCGCCGCCUCCCCGCCUUUUCCAUUUCCCCUUUCUCUUCGUAAACAGAAAGAGCCGCCGCCGGCCGGCGGGGCAGCCGAGCCCCCGCGAGGGGAAAUUCCGGCCUCCCCCCGCUGGCCCUCGGGGCGCUGGGCGGCGCUGCAGGCGGGACGGGGGGCGCGCCGGGAGCGGGGUCGGCCUCGCCACGCCUCCCGGGGGCCCCGAGUGCCCUCCGGCCUGGGGAGCCGGCGGCCGGGGGCAGAGGGCGCCCCGACGCGGAGCCGGAAGGGCGACCCCGCCUCCGCCCCCGGCCGCCCGCCGAGGGAAGACCGCUCAGCCCUUCCGCGCCCCCCACGCCGGAGGGUGUGUCUGUGUGCUCGGGGGGCGGGGCGAACGGAGGCGCCGCGUGCUGCCCCCGCCGCGCCGCAGGAGCGCGGGGAGCUUCCCGGAACGCGGCCCGCCCCGCCCGGGUUUCGCUCCGGGCCACGCACGCGGGGCGGUGAGGCGCGGCCCCCAGCGCGGCCCAGUGUAAGGGCUUCGGAGGGGCCGCCGUGCGAGGUGACGGGGCGCUGCCCGAGGCCCGGGGUCCCCGCCAGCAAAGCCCGGCCUCGCUCUCUGCAGCCUUUAUCGGAACUGGUUAUUGGUGGCACCGCCCGGUUCCAACGCGUAUCUGCCCCGUCUCCUCCUAACCCCCAGCCCCGCGCCCCUGCCCGUACUUCCUGAGCACCAGGACGUUUUGCAAGACAGCCCCGAGGGGGAGACACGCUGUAAGGCGCCCACCCUCUCCAUCUCGGCGACCCGGACGUUGGACGUGCCAGGUGGAUGGAGCCCACACUCCAACGCCCUCGCUGAGUCCGCGUCCUGCCUUUGCUGUCCGCAAGCUCGCCUCGGGCCCACGCACCCUCACACGCACACAAGUGCGAGACUGCAGCGGACCCGCCCGAAGGCUCCCCACGUGUCUCCCACGGAAAGUGAAUUGUCAUUCCCACCCAAGGAAGUCGUCUGAGAAUUGCCGGUGGACGGAGGCUACAGCUGAGAUGAGAGGCAAGGCUCUCGCUGUAGGACCUUGACGCCCAUCACUGCUUUGUGCUUCUGGGCCCGCGGCGUCGGUGAUAACAAGGGGAUUGACAGACGCCCGAGACUUUCGUAAAAGCGAGCCCAAAGCAAAUUAAACGGUGACGACUGAUUGGGGACACUGAGCCUUCCCCCCAAUUAUUUUAAAUACUAGACUGCAGCGGCGUGAGUGACGCGGGGCGGGGACCAUUUCCGAGUGGUCUCAGGGCUGGACCACCCCCGACCCUGGUCCCGGGGACUGGGCUUCCUCUGUUCUUGCAGGACGGCGCGCUGCCUGGACCGACCCUGCCGCCCUGACUCGGUAGAUGCAGCCCGCGCCCGGGCGGGGAGAAGCCCGGCUGGCCGGGCCGCGGGCUCCGUGGAAUUUGGCCGGGACUCAAAAGCAGAUUAUCCCAGUCUCGGCUGAAACUGUAGCAUCAGCUCCCUUCGCCUUUUCUCUGGGAACCAGAUUGGCCUGGUUGUUGCCUCUAAUCGUAACGUGAGAGACGUCUCUCCUCUAUCUGUUGUCCGUGACCAACGAAGGAUGAUCUUUAUAAGCAAUUUUAAAAAUAGAAACAUGGAACCACCCCCUUGAUGAGCUAAUGGAAACCACACCUAAUCUCCUGGGAACUGAGUAUUAGCCUUACUUCCUACAUAGAGGUCUUCCAAAUAUAGUUGCAUUUUAGGGAGCUGGCGAAAUGGCUGCUCCAGUGGGGUUCUCUCUGGCUGUUCAUUGCUUAUGCAGUAGCAGAUUUCAUCUGGUGGGGUGGGGUGAAUUAAGAGAUUUUACUCAGAUACAUUUUUAAAGUCCAGCAAAGAUUGGAUCUGGUGACCCGGAUUACCGGAGAGAGAGGACAGUUGAAGAGAAAGAAAAAGUUUGCAGACUACUUGCGUUUUUCUCCGUCAAGACUUUGUUACACAGGCUUGCAAAAGCAGUCCUGCUCAGCACGCUAGAACAGUGAGGUUUAAACUUGCCGAGGAGAAACCACCAGAGCCGGAGUGUGCACAGCCAGAGGUGGCUGAUUAAAGCACAUUACAGAGUAGCUCUGGAAGCUCUUUGCCCCCAACAAAAUGCGCUUGAAAAUUGAGUUGCAAGGUUGCAGUGUACUUGAAGAGGCUUUCUCCACUGGCAGCUAUAUACAUACAUAUUUACCCAUUAAGAGGUUUAAACAAUGACCUCUUUACACUUCUGACAGUAACCUUCAGAUGAGAAACUGUACAGACACGUGAGUAAUCAAUUUAAAACGACUAUUACAAUCUUUAAAUUUUUUGAACAGUUGAAAUUGUAUUUUCGAAGUCCAGUAGGUCUUAUUGUUUUCAUUGACGUAGGUAAGUUUCUUAUGAUAAUGUGAGUGGAUUUCAGUGAUAAAUGAACUUUUUCAUAUUAAGUCUUGCUAAGUUACAAAGCUGUAAUUUGCAAAACUUGCAAGCACUGUCAGAGACUUCAGCUUGGACGCCACUAAAAAGACACAGCAGAUGGAAGGACGAGGCACCCGGGGGAGGAGAUUCAGGACCGCCACACCCACCCUGUCCCCCACCCGCAAGGCUGAUGCUCCUGGGACUCUGGCCCUGCUCCUCUGGUACCUGAAACACAAACUGCGUCCUCCAGCCCGGCCCGGGCCCCCUGCAGCUGCUGCCCAUGGACCUGCUGGCCUCGCUCAGCAUCUUGAGGUGGAUUAGGAUUCCAUCAGACCUGUGGGGACCACCGCGUGUGCAUCCUUACGUUCUGCUCUGCCCGCCCCGCCGCCCUGGCCACCCUACGGCGUCCCAGAGAAGAUUGCAGAGGCACCUGAAUGCCUUAAGGGAUACGGGGCUAUCUACACUCCUGCCGCAUCAGCAUGCAAGGCUUUCCCCUGCGGACCACCCAGAGGGCAGCCAAGGAUGAAAGGGACAGUCUCCUCUGUCCUUAUCCUUCCUUUGCCUCUCCUCACCUUCUGUACUCACAACUUUUGCCAUCGCUGUGCAAAGUGGGAACGGCAAGGAAGGAGGGCAGCGGGGCCCCGGGGCAGAGAUGGAGUCCUCACGUGGGGGAGAUGGGGUGAGAAAUCCCCUGCUUCCAGAUGCUCUCAGCUGGGGCCGCUGUUUAUCUCUGAAGGCCGUGUUUAAACUGGGCCUAGGUGUGAGUCAGAGACCUUCUGUUCUCACGUGCAGAAAGCUAAAACUCGGGUCUCUCAAAGUACCUACAUCACGCCGUUCUGUAUGAAAUGUAUUAUGUUUCUCUGUUCAUUCCUCUGUGCUGUGACUUCCCCAAAUGUGAGGUCCAUGAACCACACUUUGAAGACAGAAACUACUGCCCUGUGCUUCCUUCUUCCACCUCCCAAAUGGAAACUCCUGGUACAGCAUUUCUUAAUCUAGGGCUUCCGAGAUUACCACAUGGUUUGGGACGCCCCCAGGAACCGUUCAAGGCUCUCUCCUCUGGCCAAUGCAAUCGCUUUCAUUUUCCCCAUUUUUAGAGGGGGGAAAAGGGCUCAGCAGUGAGGCUCCCCCAAAGUGCAUGGGGCCAAAUGUUGGAGCAGUCCCUGAUGGAUUUGUGGAAAUUAUCUCCUGAGCAUCUCCCACGACUCCUUAUUAGCCAGAGUCCCCUCAUCCCAGGACCACACAUCACCUGCAAACACGAUGUGAGAGACUACGGGCAACUUAUUGCUUGGGCGAGGCAAGGAGUCGUUUUAAAAAAUUAAGCACAGGCUGAUCUGCAAGUGUAAAUGUAGAGGUAGAAAAAAAAAAAAAUCACCAGAAGAGCAUCCUCUCCAAAAACAAUCAUUACUAACCUCCUUUGAAACGGUGUUCUUCACACAUUACAUGUUAGGAAAUUGGCCGGAUUCGUAUUUCAACAGCCUUUAAAAAAAGGUGUUGCCUGCUUAUUCUCACGUGAUUAGUUUAAACCAAGUGAGUUAAACACAUUUGGGGGUUUGCCGUCGCAGUUACAGCACUAAAAACAAUUGCCAGCAGAUUCCUCUCAGUGCGUACUGGGGAGACCUCCCCUUUCUUAAUCAAAACCCGGGAUUAAUGUUCAUGAGAACAUUUUUCUAAGUGUCAAGAUGCUUCGAUGGAUGGAUUUCAUAAUAAUGAAGCAUCCUGAUACAUCCCGACCAUAUUAAAAAUAAUGAUAAUAGCUGUCGUACUUUAAGCACUAACUAACGUCCCGAGCCGUCCGCUCAUCGCUAUCCUGAGACGGGCACUAGUCUCUCUUUUUUUGCCAGUAGGAUUUACAUGACUUUAAAGAGGCUAACUGAUGUGUCCAAGGAAACCAGACGCUCAAACACGUCUGAUCCGAAGUCCAAGGAAGCAAUGUCUUGCAUCUACCAGCACGGGGUUAGAUGGGCGCAGAAGCGCCUGGGUGCCUGGCUGGGUCUGCCGGUGCCGCUCGGAGGAGAACAGGACUGAACGUCAGCCAGUUGUGAAAGGCCUCCCCACUGCUUUCCCAUCCUGGCCUCUCCUUUGCAGGAGGUUGGUUUUCCUUUUCAGGCUCUAGCCUCUGGCUCCCUUCUGCCAGAUGUGAAUAAAUUUCAGACCUACCUCUACUGGGUCUUUAGCUGGAUAAUCUUUUCUCUCUCACCAUGGGAGGAGAGGUUCUGAAAGCAUUUCAGCUGUCUCCCAGGGGGCAGAGAUGUGGAAGAGGGCUGAGCCCAGGAAACCUCAGAGAUGGAACGCUAGUUUUGCUUAUGCUUAAGGGAAACCAGCUUUAAUGCCUCUUGGGAUCUGUGGGAGCCCAGAGAGACUUCCUGCCCCCUCUCAGCCUGGUUCUGGGUGGGAUGAUGGGUGCUUAGAGGCACUGCUGGGGCUUAAGGGCAUCCUGCGAUGUUCUCAUGGAUGCUGACAGCGGAUGGACGAGCAGUGUUCCCCACUCACCCACCCAGCUCUGGCACAGAGCACAGCCCCCCAAGGCCAAGGCUCUCCCCACAACAAGGGUCCUCACCCAGAGCCCUACAGACAUGCUGGAUGGAGCCUAUUUCUAUCAGCUCACAGAGCCGGUGAUAAACUCUUCAGGAUCUGUGACAGCUGGUUGUUAAAUACAGGCAUGACUAAACAUAAAAUUAUAUAAAACUACAAGGAAAUGAAGUAUGUAUUAAAGACAAUGUAAUAAAUAUGA